AUAAUAUACUACUAAGAUAUAUAAUAAAAACUCCACAGCCACAUACACACACAAUUCCCUCCAACAGAUUAUGGCUGUUUUCCAGUGCUGCAUUUCUUGACACCCAUGUUCAUGGCUUAUCUCUAGCUAGCCAUCUUUCUCCAGCUCCAUAUUACAAGAUCUAAGAAGCAAUCUCCAUAAGUCAUAUAUAUUACUAUAUAGAAACCCCUAUAAAACAGAAAAGAAAGCUGAAGAGAUUUGGCAGCACCUGUUGAUCAUAUAAAUGAUUUUCAACGAUAUGUCUUUUCAGCUCCCAGCUGAACCUAAUAUGUUUCAACCCUAUCUUGAUCCUAAUUCCAUCUCUCCCCAUGAAUAUCAAGGUGUGUCACCACUGUUGAUGGGUAGAUCCAUGUCAUAUACUGGAAUAGAGAGGUGUGAAGAGGUGAGAGCAGAGGAUGACAUGUCGGAUGAUGGAUCACAGUCAGUUGGAGAGAGGAAGAGGAGGCUCAACUCGGAGCAAGUGAAGGCACUCGAGAAGAGCUUCGAGUUGGGUAACAAGCUUGAACCUGAGAGGAAAAUGCAGCUGGCUAGGUCUCUCGGACUACAGCCCAGACAGAUUGCUAUAUGGUUCCAGAACAGGAGGGCUAGGUGGAAGACCAAGCAAUUGGAGAGAGACUAUGACAUUCUUAAGCGACAAUUUGAUUCUCUGAAGGCUGAUAAUGAUUCCCUCAGGUCUCGCAACAAACAACUCCAAGGAGAGUUAAUAGCACUUAAAGCGAGAGAAUCAGGCAAUGAGGACAGGAACAUCAACCUCAACAAAGAAACUCAUGAAGGUUCCUGGAGCAAUGCAAGUGAAAAUGAACAUAGUAGUGAUCAUGUCAACACUACUGCAGGUCUGACUCAAAUAUUUCUCCAAAGUUCAUCAUCUGCACCAGACCUUCUUCAAGCUCAUCAAGGACUCAAUCAAACAGUUCCCGACCAGGCCUUCGUCAGCAUGUUCAAUGGCAUCGACGAGCACCCAGCUGGUUUUUGGCCAUGGCCUGAGCAGCAAAAUUUCCACUAAUAAUCCUCAUCAUUUAGAUCAUAAUUGAUUUAAAUUGAACCUGAGACAAGAGUGCAUCAGAAUUGCAUUUACAAUUAAUUUCUUGGAACAUGUAGCCAUCAGACACUGAUGCACAGAUCAACAGUGGAUCUCUUAAUUUUUGCAUGCAUUUGAUCCGGUAAAAGCUAAAAUUGAGAGGCCAAUAUCUUGAAUGUACCGUUUUACUAUUUGCGAGAUAAAUACAACAAUCUUUUCUUUUUCA